AUGUUGACCUUAGAAGCACUACCCGAUGAAAUAUUAAUGCUUAUUAUUGGGUAUAGUGGAGAUGUUUAUAAUGUACUCAAAGCAUUUCUUGGACUAAACCAAAGACUGAAUAAUAUUCUAAUGGACAAACGUUUACAUCUACUUGCCGACCUAUUAAUUAUCGCAAAAGAUGAUAGAAAGUUUGACUAUUAUUGUAGGUGCAUAUUUCAAAAAGUAUCCCAGAGUGACAACAAUCGAUGUCAAACAGAAGAACAAAUUCGGUCAUCUCUUCAGUCACUAGUAUUACUCCAAAUGAGAGACGGGUAUACGAGCUUCGAACAAGAAAUAAAAUCGCAAACCGAGCAAUAUGAAUUAAUUCGUGAACAACUUAUAAAUGAUGAGGCUGUUGCGGUUGACAAUGAAUUAUAUGACGUAUUCAGGAACUUGGAACAUAAUUCGAUGAAUGCGGCUCAUAUUGAACAAACGUGUUCACUCAUCAACUCACUCGUAAUGGCUAAAGGUGCAAGACUUAAAUGUGACGAUUAUGAAUUGGCCCGAUUUAACUUUGCCAAAGCUGUAAAUACAUUUUUAUUAUUCGCUAUUGCCAGUCCAACAAAACUUAAACAGACGGAGUCAAGACGAUUCAAAAGUGUUGUUGAAAUCUUUAAACUCCUCCUCAUUCUCGGUCAUAUGUAA